AUGGACCUGGACGAAUCUGACGAGGAGGCGCAGGCACCAGGCAUAUGCCUACAUCUCCCUCCUGACAUGGAUGAAAUGGAGCACAAAUUCACCCUAUGUGCAGUCGAACAGGCAGCGGCGGACUACCUACAUCGCAGGUGGGUCACCUUCGAGCAACUGGAUGCCCUGCUGGACACUAUGCCUACCACCUCUGCCUGUCGCAAUGCAUCGGUGGCACUGCCACAGUCUGCUGACCAGCGGAUUGACACCAACGCAUCGGUUUCCGAUGGCGACGUGUCUCCUCAACACGGUUGUGCACACCAUGGCCGGACGCCAUCCACGCACGACUCUAUUCCUGGCACGAAAUAUAUGGCCUCUGGAUUGCACACCGACAACAAUCAACAAGGGGUGAACAACAUCCUGAUCCCUCUCUCCAACUUCGAGGGCGGCCACCUCUUCGUGGAGGACAACGCCGGGGAUUACCUGUUGGACUCCGACGGACCCAGAGGACAAGUUCUCCCCGUGACCUUGCCCUACCUUAGUUUUGAUGCCUCACGCCGACACCUGGUACUGCCAUGGACGGGACGCAGACUCAUACUCGGUACUUAUCACAUCCGAGAUGCGGACAAGCUCUCCGCGCAUUCCGCUCUGUACCUGAAGUACUCAGGUUUCGAGGCUGCCCCUGCUGACGCCGACCUUCUGGCAUGGCCGGACCAGUGCCCCUGCCCACUCGCACAAGCAAAGCUGACUCUGCAGCGCUGCCUCAGCGUGAAUGCAUUUGCAGCUUUCCUGCUGCGCCGCCGGGCUCAAGAUCACUGA